UUUGCUGUCGAUCUGUCAACAGUCCUCGUGUAGCAACACGCGAGCGCCUGGCCUCCAGAAGGGUUCUGCUCAAGUCUGCGUGUGGCUGUGUGCUAGUUCUGACGCGAAUUAGUCGUGUAGACCACUGUACGCGGUUGCUUACCGUAAAUCUGAUUCCUACAUUCAACUUCAGUGAGUUCCUUUCAACGUAACAAGAUAUAAAAAGGCGUGACCGGCUUCUUCGUCUGCUCCUGGGAGCAGCUUCGGCCGAAAUGUCUCACCACGGUGUAACGACAUUGCUACAACUCGUAAUGCUCUCAGGUGUAAGUUCGGGUGCACUAUACGAGCACAGUUACUUUCAGGACACUUCUGACAGGUGUAGGGAGAUCAGUUCCUGCGGUAUAAACACUAGCAGCACCUUCUCGAUUUCCCGCGUCUGUCAAUGCGAUGACCUGUGUGCCACGUAUGGGGACUGUUGCCAGGAUUCGCCCCACUUCAAACCAUCGCCCCUACAAACAUGCCUCACGGCAGGAGACUGGAACACCGCUUCAAAUUACAAGGAUAAUUACUAUAUGGUGACGUCAUGUCCCUCCUCGUGGCUGGGGGAAGAAACGCGUUCCAGAUGCGAAAACUACAUCGAAACAAUCCGACGAGAACCGAUACUGGGACUCCCCAUUACCAGCAGUGCCACCAAUAUCACGUACCCGAACUAUCACUGCGCAAGGUGUAACGGUGAUCUCCAUAUGAGCACAAUGAUAAGAUGGAAACUCGCAGUCACCUGCGAUCCAAGUCUUUCACUCCCAGUACCAGACAUUGAUACAGUCAUUAAGGAGUCAACUUAUGGAAAAGAUUUUAAGUUCAAGCCAAAAUUUGCAAAUGCCAGUUAUCACACUUGUAAAUUAUAUGUUUGGAGACCGUUUAAAUUACUUCGCAGAUGUCACGAGCGAACCGUUGAUUCCUGUCCACCCUCGUGGCGCAAUGAUACAUUGAGGAAGCAGUGUGAGGCCUACACUUCUUUGGUAUUUCGGCUGAAGUACAAACCUUUCCGCAACCCGCACUGCGCUACUUGUAAUCACGUCCCUAACAAACUCAUAGGUUGUAUAAAGGACGGGUUAGUAAUAGAGACUUUAUUUCCAAUACUGUUUGACUUCUCGGAUAGUUCCAGUGACGUGGUUGGGAAGACAAGAAUUUGUGCAAACCACAACGAAGCAUAUGAUCCAACUGCAAAGAAAUGCCGUCACAUAAUAUGGUCAAUAGCAGGACAAGAAGAUCUUCAUGAAUUAGACAAUUGUUACGGAAACAUUUCCAAAUGUAAUAUAAAGAAUUGUUCAAGGUUCGUUUUAGAUCCGAAUGAAUACUCACUUAAUGACAAUUUGACUGUGACAGAUUUAUCAUCCAAUAAAUUAUAUGCAGACGGAGAAUUCAGAAUAAUGGAUGACGGUCGUGUGGAAGUGUGUGCCAAAUACCAAGUAAUUGAAGAGAAGUUUAAUAGUGUCAUGAAGUACAUGACAUUCUUGGGACUUGGCGUGUCAAUUGGGUUCCUUUUUCUGCAUCUGGUUGCCUUCGUGAUAAAUCCUGCUCUCAGAAAUCUGUCUGGGAAAAACCUGGCUUCAUUAUGCACUGCUCUGAUUUUGGCAUAUGGAUCUUUCAUCAUUGGACAGCUGCUGCAAGUUGGAGGAGUGGGCUGCAAGGUAACUGCUGUGGUCACCUACUACUGUUUCCUCUCUUCGUUCUCAUGGCUGUUGUUGAUGGCGUUCGACGUGUGGCGUACGCUAAGACUAUCUACCGUGCGCCUGCGCGUUGUGUCAAGAGAGUCACGUCGGUACGUGUUCAUCACAUACUCUGCAUUCUGCUGGCUCAUCUUCCCAGGAAUUCUCGUUUCCACGGCGUUCGGCAUGCAGUACUUCCACGUCGAGAACGCUUUCAUUCCAGGGUUUGGACUACACAACUGCUGGUUUGGUAACCGCAAAGCGUUGAUUGUCUUUUUCGCCAUCCCAGUUGGUGUCAUCAUGGCGCUGAACCUGGUAUUCUUCAUGUCCAGUGCGUGUAUGAUCUGCGAAACAACAGUGUCUUCAUCUAACAAGAGUUCCAGCACUCGCAGGGAUUACAGACUCUUCGCACGCUUAGCUUUUCUUAUGGGUCUCACGUGGAUAGUGGGCUUUAUUGCAGACUACUUGAACCUGAACGCAGUUUGGUACAUCUUCGUGGCUCUAAAUGCCUUCCAGGGUUUCUUCAUCUUCGUAGCCUUCACGUGGACAAAGAAGGUAAGGAACGGAUUCAGAUCCCAAGUAUCUGGAGAUACUAAAUCAAACUAUAUGAAGAAGAAGGAUACAUCCUGCUGGUCCUGGACAAGCAGCAGGACAGGUCACACCGAGAGCACUGAACUCGGGAUCCCUCUGAAAAGGCGACGCUCAUCACUCCCUUGUAGUGCACCAUGCGAGCGCAACUGAACGCGUAUGAAACUCUGCACCUGAAAGCCCGGAACAGUGGGGAAGAGACAGCCUUUGAUAGGUAACGGCCGAUAAACACUUACCCGCGGCAACGGAUACGUACGUAACAAUAGAACUGUCAGAAGCGGUGUUUUCUAUGUGGUCCGUGCCGAUGCUAUGUGUACGGAAGCUUAAGAAUCCAUAUUGUUACUCUCGUCAGAGAGGAUGUUCGGCAAGUGUUCAGGUGGAAAUUAAAAUUACUUGUCAUGAGUCUCAAGGGGCUUGUCGCCAAGACGAACUGAUUGGCGGUAAAUCGCCAGUCGUAAAGUAACUCUGACUCUUGACUAUAUUUUUGGAGAUCCAUCUCCCGUGGAGGCGUGUUCGAAUACCUCCAGCGUAGCCCUGCGUGUCGUAGAAGGUGAUGAAAAGGGAACCCAGUGCCUGGGGGUAUAACUGGGCCAGCCUGGGUCCUGGGGGGGGGGUACGAGUAAAUACGGGGUCCUGGCCCUCCAGAUUGGGGGAGUCUCGAAUCUGAGAGUCCCGCGGGACUCGGACUGAGAAUAACUGCGCUGGCGAGGACC